CAGCGGCAGGGUGGGACCUCCAGCCUGGGCUUCGGAGACCCGCCCCCCGUACGUGGCGUGCGUGCAUGGCGCUACGCGGCGCGGGCCGGUUUCUACAGCGCGUGGCGCCCCCCGGCGGCAGCCGGGCUUCAAUGCCACGGCCUGACUGGAGUGUCCGCCAUGGAGUCGCAGAAAGAGGCGCGAACACUCCAGGAGCCCGUUGCGCGGCCUUCUGGGGCCUCAAGCUCUCAGACGCCGAACGACAAGGAGCGGCGGGAGGGCGGCGCAGUGCCGGCGGCGGCUGCCCUGGGCGCAGAGGCGGACGACGACAGUGCGGACGGGCUGUGGGAGCUGCCGGUGGAGCCGGCCGAGCGGAGGCCCGAGUGCACCCGCUGCAGCCGGCCUCAGAAAGUGUGUUUGUGUCCAUUUCUCCCAGCGCACCCUCUGCAUAUCUCUACCCACUUGUACAUAAUUCAGCAUCCAGCAGAGGAAAACAAAGUGUUGCGUACAGUUCCUCUACUAGCAGCAUGCCUCCCCCAGGACAAGUGUAAAGUGAAGAUCGGUCGUCGCUUCAGUGAAGAAAGAGAUCCUGAACUUUCAACUGUUUGCCGGAAGUCUGGUACAUUAAUAUUAUAUCCAGGGUCUGAAGCUGCUAAUUUGGAAGAAUUUAUAUUAGAUUCUCCUGUUUAUCCUUCUACAAUCAUCAUCAUUGAUGGUACAUGGAGCCAGGCUAAGGACAUUUUCUAUAAGAACUCCUUGUUCCGACAUCCCAAACAGGUGCAAUUAAAAACUAGCAUUUCUAGUCAGUAUGUAAUUCGGAUGCAGCCGACUAAUAGAUGCCUUUCUACACUGGAGUGUGCAGCUGUUGCUCUUUCCAUCUUGGAGAAAAAUAAUUACAUACAAGAGACUUUGCUUCGCCCUCUUCAAGCUUUAUGCUCCUUUCAACUUCAGCAUGGUGCCCAAAUUCGCCUCAGCAAGGAACACCUUCUGAAAAAUGGAUUAUAUCCUAAACCAAUGCCAAAGAACAAACGCAAACUCAGGAAAAUGGAAUUGUUAAUGAAUAGUGUUAAAAUUUAGUACAGUUAUUCUUUUGGUGCUAGCUUAACUGUCUUCAUCUAACAAUACCAAAUUAAGUUUUCAUAAAGUUAAGGUCUGUAGGUUUUUGACUUGCUAAAGAAGAAUGAGAAUUGCAUACUAAUCUUACCCAGAAGAAGGAAGUAAACCAAAUAUUCAUAAAUACAAAUAAACAGAAAUUCACUGGCUCACUGAAAAGCAGGAUUUCCUACUGUACUUGUUUUUAAAAAUGUGCCUCUAAUACACGUUUUCAAACCCAAAUUUAAAAUAUGAUUUGUUGUUGUGAUAGGUUAGAAGUUCUUACUUGUAAAAUAGAAGAAAAUUGUUGUAGUGGAUUGGAACGGUGUUGUUUCCAUUAAUGUUUAUAAAUAAUUAGGUGUAGACCAAUAAUAUAAGAUUCCUACAUCAGUUUGCAGUCCUGACUUUACAGUUUGAAAUAAGUAGCAAAAGAAAAUUAUGAUAAUCAAGUAAUUUAUUAUUUUGUAAAAUAGUAUAGAGGAAUAAGGAAAUUUUAAGUAUUGUUUAGGGGCUAAAUUUGAACUCAGCUAAUAUGAUUUAAGUGCUCUAUUAAUUGCCCUGAUUUUUAAAGAGGUGCAUGUAAUUUUGAAAUAGCACACAUUUUCAUUUGUAAUCACUCUGGAUAAAUUUGUAUUUUUCAGUGUUCAUUGAACAGGCUUAUUGACUCUGGUAAACUUAUUUUAUUGAUGUUUUCAUAUGGAAGAUAAUAAGUGGAAUAUGAUGCAAUUGUUAUUUUCAGAACAUAUUUCUUUAGGGCUAUUUAAUAUAACCUUUUUAACGAGCAAAAGCUUUCCAUUUGAGAGAAAAAAUUCUUCCUGCUCUGUGGGAAAAUAUUUGCUGAGAUUUUGUAUAGAAUAAGAGACAUGUAUGUAACAUAUAUGUAUAUUCAGCACAAGUCUACUGCAAUUAUGUACACAUUUUGGCAAGAAGAGGGGAUUUUGUUUAGUCUUUGUUUAUGACUUCUAGAGUUUCCUGUAUCUAGUGUUAAGUUGUAAGGAAAAACUAAACAUGCCAUUUAAAGGUAAACUUGGUAACUAUUUAUAGAGCAUACACCAAUGAUUAUUUCUCACAGUUUUCAUGAUCAUUUGUUUAUUAUUUACUUGGAUUAGACUCAUUAAAAGGUAUAAUGCUGGUCACAAUUAGAAUGCUAAUAUUUGGGGAAACUAUGCAGAAAAUAUUUUAAAAUAUUAAAAGAGUGCUAGCUUCUAUUGUUGAUUUAUUUUUGGACUUAAAAACAAAUUAGGGCUGGGCCCAUUAGCUCACACCUGUAAUCCCAGCACUUUGGGAGGCUGAGAUGUGAGAAUUGCUUGAGCCCAGGAGUUUGAGACCAGCCUGGGCAAUAUGGUGAGACUCCAUCUCCAUACAAAAUUAAAAAAAAAAAUAAUUAGCCAGAUGUGGUGGUGUGCACUUGUAGUCCUAGCUACUUGGGAGGCUAAGGUGGGAGGAUCGCUGGAGCCCAGGACAUCAAGGUUGCAAGGAGCUAUGUUCAUUCCACUGCACUCCAGCCUGGGCUACAGAGUGAGACCUGUCUAAAAUAAAUAAAUAAAUAAACAAACUAGCUCAUUUACAAUGUAAAGCACCUAAUAUCAAAUGAUUAUUUGGUGUACUAGAAAAGAAACAGCAUAUAAUAAUGUAUAAUAGUUUCUUAACAAGUGGGGCUAAAAUCAUUUUGUAGUAAUUUUUCACAUUGAUAUUAAACUUCAUGAGUUUCUUUUAGUCAUUAUUAUUAUUAUUAUUAUUAUUAUUAUUAUUAUUUGAGAUGGAAUCUCGCUCUGUCACCCAGGCUGGAGUGCAGUGGCGCAAUCUUGGCUCACUGAAAGCUCCGCCUCCUGGGUUCACGCCAUUCUUCUGCCUCAGCCUCCUGAGUAGCUGGGACUACAGGUGCCCACCGCCACGCCCGGCUAAUUUUUUGUAUUUUUAGUAGAGAUGGGGUUUCACCGUAUUAGCCAGGAUGGUCUCGAUCUCCUGACCUCGUGAUCUCCCUGCCUUGGCCUCCAAAAGUGCUGGGACCGUGCCCAGCCAUCAUUAUUAUUUUUUAAAAAGAAAACUCCCCCUACCCCCAGUAUACCAUUUUGUAUCUCAAAAUUUUACUUUAUUGAUUUUUAAGAGUAAUUUCUACUUUUAUCUUUUAAAUAAAACAUUUUAGAGUAUUUUUGAAGACUUAAAAAGCUUAAAAUUUAGUGUUUUUGGAAAUGUAUAAAAUUUUCUUGAAGUAUGUAUAGUUUUCCAAAUUACUUUACUGACCUGUUAACUCACUGUACUUGUUUUUUACUUAUUUUUUCCUGACCUCUUAACAAGGUGAGUCCAUUUAAUCAUCUGUGGUAUAAAAUGCUUCUCUAGUCACCUGUUCUCAUUAAACAGUUGUAAGUAAGUUUUAAAAGCCAUUAUUUUAAUUACUAAAAGUUCUCAAGUGUGUAGUAUUAUCUGAGUAUUUUAACAGAAAAAUUAAUCAGGCUUUUAAAAAUUACUUUUUUAUUGUAUUAGUUGGCUUUUAAAUUCAGAUUCUUUAUAUUUGCUUGAUUUUCCUGGAAGUUCCAAGUUUUAUGAAUUUGUAGCUGAUAGUAGGUUUUACUUGUGUACCCCAUCUGCACUUUGAUGUUGUGUAGAUGGUUUUGUGAGUUAUUUAAACCAUGUAACUCAGAGAAUAGUAUUUCCUCAUACAUAAAGUGACCUCACUUUUAAUCAGCUCCUUUAUAGUAUGUUGAAAAUCACUGCGUGUAAUGAGAGGUAUUGAGAGUUUCUUGCACACAUGAGUGUAAAAGGUUGAGAACUAGAUUAUACAUAGUAGUAAGUCACACUGCAUGGCAGCUUUCUACAGGUUGGAUUACAAGACUUAUGUGGAAUAGGAGAAUUAUAUUGGGAAAAAAUUAUUUUCUCUAACUUUAAGACUCCAGAGACACUUUUCUUAGUCAUGACCAGUAAUAUUUUUCAUAUAUUUUGGAAGAAAUAAGCUCCUCACUAUACCACCAGUUAGUGAUUUAUUUAUUUAUGUAUUUUAGAGACAGAGCCUCCUUCUGUCACCCAGUUUGGAGUGCAGUGGUGUAAUCAUAGCUUACUGCAGCAUCAAACUCCUGGGCUCAAGUGUUCCUCCUGCCUCAGCCUCCCAAGUAGCUAGAACCUCAGCCCCAUGCCACCACACUCAGCUAAUUUUAAAUUUUACUAAUUUCAUUUAAUUUUUGUGGAGAUGGGGGUCUUGCUGUGUUGUUUAGGCUGGUCCUGAACUCCUGGCCUCAAGCGAUCCUUCUGCCUUGGCCUCUCAGUAAAUUAUAUAGAAGAGCACUUCUGUAUAAUUUACUCAGUUUCUUCAUCACAUAUUUCCAACUGUUGCCCUAAAUAGGUUUAAAAAUGUGAUCAUGUUAUUAGAAAAUCCUUUCCAUUGAAUUUCAGGGAUGCUGAAUUUCAGGGAGCUAAAUUGUUGACCCUUGCCUGUAGUUGUUAUUGGUUCAGAAGUAAAUUUUACUGAUGCUACAAGUAAAAAAUUAGAUCUGACUUAGUAAACUCAAAAGUUUUACAAAACUGUAUUUUACUAUGUAGAUGUAUUUCUUUAAAAUAGGUAUGGAUGGAUAUUUUUAUGAAUAAAUAAUAUUGCAUUAUA